GACCAGACAGGCCCGGAGGGCGUGUGAGGCUCCAACCGCCUGGCGAGGCAGGAAGUCGCCUGGUGAGGCAGGAAGUCGGUCCCCAGCUGUCCCCAGGGGGUCCCCGCUGUGUGUGCUCCAGCCCCCACGCGGCAGGGGCCACGCUCUGUUGUGUUCCAUCUGGGACUCAGCAGUCAGAGGGUCUCGUCCCAUGCCCCCACUUAGGCUUCGUUCCAGGGGACCCCUCAGCGAUGUCCCCAGCUCCUCCUCUCUUCCUGAUCAGCGUCCCUGGCCUUCCGUGCCUCCCUGCCCCCACCUGUGCCUCUCCAGCCUGCUGGGCUGCCGCCCAGCUGCCUGCCUGGCCGUCCUCCCUGGCUCCCCCUCUGCGGCGCUGCUGGCCACACCCCCUGCCCCCUCCAUCCAGGCCUCUGAUCCGCCUGUGGACUCAGAGGUCGCGGGCGCCCGGCACAGGCCCCUGGGGCCGAGGACAGACCGCAGCCCCCGGGCCCCCAGAGGCCUCCCCCAGCCUGAGCAGCAGAGCCCCCCCAGGGCAUGGGGGUGGGCAGCCCCCCCAGGUACGUGCCCACUCCCUCCUUCUGCUGCCCCCACCCUCCCCCCUCGGCCCAACACCCGUCUCCCCGGCCCCUGCCCUGACCGUGGCCCCUCGAGGAGCCGCCGAGACCCAGGUUUGCUGCCUGUAGCUCUGCCCACCCAUGCUGGGGGCACUGCCUGUGCUCGCUGCACCCGACCCUCCUGGCUUCUGCUUCUCACCCCAUGGCUUGCACCUCCCCAGGCAAGGUCUCCUGCCCGCCCCAGCCCCCUUGGUCUCUGCUCCCCAAUUCAGGUCCUCGCCCCCCCCCCCGGCCCUGCUCCUCCUGCCAAUUUCUCUUCCUCAGGCUCCCUCCCAAGCCCGCCUCUCCCUGCCCAUCUCUGGGCCUGCUCUGUCUGCAGCCUCUGCCCCACCCCUCUUCCCCACUCUGCUCCCACUCGCUGUGGGGACCCCCGUUAUGGGGGAGGGGAGUGGGGGGAUGCCCCCGCCUCAGGAAGAGCAUGGAACCCUCUGCGGGGGGAGGGGCGGGGCCUCUUGGCUGCAGAUUAGACAGUGACUUUGACACGGAGUUGAAGCACCUUAAGCCCUGUGUCUCCUUUAUAUGGAAACCUUAAGCUGCUCUCGCAGGUCAGCUGCAGGGGGUGGGGCCCUCGGGCUUGGGAUCCCGCUCGCUCCCGCCCUACCUUGUUCCAAGUCUGGGAGCCGGGCCGCGUUGGGCACGCAGAGCCCCCCGCAGGUGCAGCGUCCGGUGGCUUUGUGAGGUGAACACAGGUCGGCCUCGCGGGCUGAGGAGGGCCAGGCCUGGCCACAGACCCCUCCAAGCCUGGGCUGGGCCUGUGAGAUGGGGUGAGGACCUUGGCCUCCUGAGCAGUCGAGGUGAGCCUCGGGGUCUGGUGGACCCAGUAGGGGGGCUGCAAACACUCCCUGAGCCCUAGGGGGGCCGGCGUGUAGUAGGUACUCGGUGCCUGGGCCCUGAGGCAGCCUCACCGCAGAACCUCUAUUUGCUUUUCUGUGCACAGCAAGGGUUGCAGCUAGCGGCUAGCAGUGGGGAGUGGGUGGGAGGCCGGCCUGGGGCAGGGUGGGGCCUGUCAGCGCCCUAUUGUUGGCUCAUGAGGGGGGACUUCCCAGGAGGCAAGGGGUUGCAUGCCGACCCCACCGCUGCCCCUCCCUAAGAACACGCUCUGGCAUCCUGGGCUGUGGGAGGUGGAGAGGUCGCAGCUGGGUACAAGGUAGGUGCUGGCACAGCCCAGCCUGGGGCGUCUGACCUGAGCUUCCGCUUCACCCCCGUCAGGUGGGCCUACGCCCCACUCGGUGGCUGUGGAGACCAGACCCAGAGGUGCACAGCUCCUUCCAGGCACCCCGUGGGUGCUGACCUCGAUGUUGGUCAGCAGUCCUCAGGUGGAGGGCCCAGGCGGAUCCCUGACCCCUGUGCGGCAGGCACAGUCCAAGCACGCAGGGGCUGGGCCAGCGCCGAUGGAAUCGGCAGUUAACCAGAUUCCUCUGGCCUUAGCCAGCCAGCCCUGAAAGGUGCCCCCCACCACGGCGCCGGGUGUCGCCCCUGCAGCAGCUGAGAGGUGGUGAGGCCUGCAGGUCCACGCCCGUCGGGCUGCUGGGGUUCAUUCCACUUCGCAGAUGAGGGAACUGAGGCUUAGAGAGGGGUGUGAGCUGCUCGGAGAGGCCGCCAUCCCCUUCCUUCCAGACCUCUCUCUUCAACUGGAAAGUUAUAUCCCCAUCCCACAGAUGAGUAAAUCAAGGCUCUGGGCGAGGAUGCUGGGGAUCCCAGGCAUGUGGUGUCAGCAACCGAGUAGGAGCUGUCUGAGGUAGAGGGUCAGGGGCUGAACCUCGUUACAGACUGAGAGAAGAGGCAGAGGCAGGCAGAGAGGUCUCCCUCCCAAGUGACCGCAACGGCCAGGGCUGGGCCAGACUGAAGCCAGGAGCUUCAUCCAGGCCUCCCACUGGGUGCAGACGUCCAAGCACUGGGGCCAUCUUCACUGCUUUCCUAGGCCACAGCAGAGCGCUGGAUGGGAAGUGGAGCAGCCGGAACCCAGACCAGUGCCAUAAGGGAUGCUGGUGCUGCAGGCGGUGGCUUAACCCACUAAGCCACGGUGCUGGCAACAUUUGUUUGUUACAGAGGCAGAGCUUGGUUCACUCCCGAAAUGGCCACACUGGCCAGGGCUGGGCCAGAUGGAAGCCAAGAGCCUGGACCUCCAUCCGGGUCUCCCACGUGGGUGCAGGGACCCAACUCCUCAGUCCAGGCCCAUCGUUGGCUGCCUUCCAGGGAGCUGGGUGGGAAGCAGAGCAGCCGGCACUGCCACUGACACGGGAUGCCAGUGUCGUAAGUGGUGGUUUAAUCUGCUGCGCCACGGCCCAGCCCCUGGGAGCCUGUCUUACUCUGCCAGCUUCGUGGGGACAUAACCUCCUGCUGUACUGUUCACCCGUUAGAUGUGGCUAGCACUCUCAUGGUUGCACAGCUGAACUGAGGACAGCCUCAUCACCCCACAGAGAAGCCUCAGUCCUGGGCCACCACAAUUCAGACCGGCCCGUCCUCGCACCUCACGGCGGGGGGAGGGGGGGGCGCCCAUUCGGCAUGUGGGCAGGGGAUUGGCUGCUUUACUGGGCUCGAUCCUCUCAGCGUUUGCCUGCUUUGUACUGUGGGAGAAGCCACAUUGCACCCACUCAGCGCUGGUGGACAUUUGGGUCAUCUCCACCUCUCGCCUCUUAGGAGCGGCCGUGUGCGAGGCUUUGUGUGGCUGCCUGUCUGUCUCGGGUGGGCACUGUGGGGUGGAAUGGCAGACUGACACGGUGACUCUGCCAGGCCACCUAUGGAACUCCCAGCCUGGUUUCCACAGUAGCUGCGUGACUUUCCACCCCCACUGUCCUCGGUUCAGUGCCUACGUGGCUGCUCUGUGGGGCUGCUGUGGCUGGGUGCACAGUCCUCUCAUGGCCAGUGGUAAUCAGCAUCUUUAUUUAUUUGAAAGGCAGAGUUGCACAGAGGCAGAGAGAGAGAGGUCUCCCAUCUGCUGCUUCACUCCCCAAAUGACCACAACGGCCAGAGCUGGACCAAUCUGAGCCAGGAGCUCCUUCCAGGACACCCAUGUGGUUACAGGGCCCCAAGCACUUGGACCAUCUUCUACUGCUUUCCCGGGCCAUAGCAGAUAGCUGGGUCAGAAGUAGAGCAGCUGGGACCUGAACCGGCACCCAUAAGGGAUGCCGGCACUGCAGGCAGCAGCUUUACCCGCUGCGCCACAACGCCGGCCCCCAAGCAUCUUUUUGUGCCCUACUUGGACACACAUCUUCUUUGGGAAAAUGCCUGCCCAGGCCUUUGCCCACCUUUAAAUGGGCUGGCAAGGGCUCGCCGUAUAUUUCAGAUGCAAGUUCUGCGUCCCACACUUGACUUGUAGCUGGUCUCUCCAGCCGCCAGGUCGUCGUCACCUCUCUGAGCGUCCUUCGGUGCACGUACGUUUUUCAUGUGGGUGCAGGCAUUUAGCUCAGCCGCUGAGAUGCCAGUUAGGACUCCCGCGCCGUCCCACACCAGAGUGCCUGGGUUCCGGUGCUGGCUCCCGCUCCACUCAGCUUCCUGCCAAUGCAGUUUGCAGCAGGGAUGGCUCAAGAAUUGAGUCCCCGGGGCCGGCACAGUGGCGCAGCGGGUCAAAGCCCUGGCCUGAAGCGCCGGCAUCCAUGUGGGCACCGGUUCUAGUCCCAGCUGCUCCUCUUCCGAUCCGGCUCUCUGCUGUGGCCUGGGAAAGCAGUAGAAGAUGGCUCAAGUCCUUGGGCCCCUGCACCCACUGUGGGAGACCCGGGAGAAGCUCCUGGCUCCUGGCUUCAGAUCGGUGCAGCUCCAGCCAUUGCAGCCAUCUGGGGAGUGAACCAGCGGGUGGAAGACCUCUCUCACUCUCCUCUCUCUGUAACUCUGUCUUUCAAGUAAAUAAAAUAAAUCUUAAUAAAAAACAAUAGAGUUCCCACUACCCACCUAGGAGACCCAGGACUGAGUUCCUGGCUCCUGGUUUUCACCCCAGCCUGGCCCUGGCCAUUGAUGGGCUUGGGGGGGAUUAACCAGAGUGAGUGGGACCUCUCUCAAAUGAAAAAAAAAAAAAAAAUUAUGUCAUGUAUUUGAAAGGCAGAGAGAGAACGACAAAGAGAGGGACUUCCCGACCAUACCCUAAAUGUCCACAAUGCCCAGAGCCAGGAGCCAGAAACUCGGGUGUCCCGUGUGGGUGGCAGGGACCCAAGUGCUCGAGCCACCACCUGCUGCCUGCCAGGGUGCAGGUUAGCAGGAAGCUGGAAUCAGGAGUGGCACAGGACUCAAAGCCUGGCACUCCGGUGUGGGACGGGGCGGCCCAAGUGGUGCCUUAACUGCUGGCACAAAACACCCACUCGCAGAUAGAUAUAAAUUCUUUUAAAAUAUUGAUGAAAUUCAACGUCUUCAAGGAAAUUGUCUCUUAUGUCGCUUGUGCUUUUGGAGCGUGUCUUUGCGCCGCGCCCAACCUCAGCCUGCUGGGGUCUCCACGCUGACCCCGUGCUGAGCGGAGCUACAACCUGGCCGGUGGCUGGCACAGGAGUCCAGCGCAGUCAGCUGUGGUCUCGGGCAAGUUGUUCCACGCCCCAGCUCGGCAUCUGUGCAACAGUAUCGGCCGGCGCCGUGGCUCACUAGGCUAAUCCUCCGCCUGCGGCGCCGGCACACCGGGUUCUAGUCCCGGUCGGGGCGCCGGAUUCUGUCCCGGUUGCCCCUCUUCCAGGCCAGCUCUCUGCUGUGGCCAGGGAGUGCAGUGGAGGAUGGCCCAAGUGCUUGGGCCCUGCACCCCAUGGGAGACCAGGAGAAGCACCUGGCUCCUGCCAUCGGAUCAGCGCAGUGCACUGGCCGCAGCGCACCGGCCACAGCUGCCAUUGGAAGGUGAACCAACGGCAAAGGAAGACCUUUCUCUCUGUCUCUCUCACUGUCCACUCUGCCUGUCAAAAAACAAACAAACAAAAAAAAACAGUAUCAACCCCGUGAGGCACAGCUGAAUACGCUGCCCGAGACCACAGCAGUCUAUCAAUGGCCUACUUAGUCAUCCUUCAUAUUACGGAAACCACAGAUUUAAGGCAGAAAUUUGGCACUGUGGAAAGUCUGCUGCAACCGUGCCACAUGUCCAAGGCUGCUGUCAGGGUGCCCAGGUGUUUCUGACAGCGCGGCCACCGCGGCUGAGCUUGGAAGGUGAGUUUUGUCCCACCCAGAGCCUGCUGGCGGUGGCCACCGAGGCCCACCCAAGGGAGCACCCCUGGCCCACGACCUUAUGCGCUCCAGGCACCCCUGAUGUUCUGUCCUGUCGCUUGUCCCCGCAGGUUCGGGGCGCCCGCCCCCCACUAGGCCAAGUGGAGGGGGCCCCCGCGCCCAAUGGGCCUGGCCAGGGCCCUGCGCCGCCUGAGCGGCGCCCUGGAGUCGGGGGACAGCCGGGCGGGCGAUGAGGAGGAGGCCGGGCCGGGGCUGUGCCGCAACGGCUGGGCGCCGGCGCAGUCGCCGGUGGGCCGGCGGCGCGGGCGCUUCGUCAAGAAAGACGGGCACUGCAACGUGCGCUUCGUGAACCUGGGCGGCCAGGGCGCGCGCUACCUGAGCGACCUGUUCACCACGUGCGUGGACGUGCGCUGGCGCUGGAUGUGCCUGCUCUUCUCCUGCUCCUUCCUCGCCUCCUGGCUGCUCUUCGGCCUGGCCUUCUGGCUCAUCGCCUCGCUGCACGGCGACCUGGCCGCGCCGCCGCCGCCCGCGCCCUGCUUCUCGCAGGUGGCCAGCUUCCUGGCCGCCUUCCUCUUCGCGCUGGAGACGCAGACGUCCAUCGGCUACGGCGUGCGCAGCGUCACCGAGGAGUGCCCGGCCGCCGUGGCCGCCGUGGUGCUGCAGUGCAUCGCCGGCUGCGUGCUCGACGCCUUCGUCGUGGGCGCCGUCAUGGCCAAGAUGGCCAAGCCCAAGAAGCGCAACGAGACGCUCGUCUUCAGCGAGAACGCCGUCGUGGCGCUGCGCGACCGCCGCCUCUGCCUCAUGUGGCGCGUCGGCAACCUGCGCCGCAGCCACCUGGUCGAGGCCCACGUGCGGGCCCAGCUGCUGCAGCCUCGCGUGACCCCGGAGGGGGAGUACAUCCCGCUCGACCACCAGGACGUGGACGUGGGCUUUGACGGAGGCACCGACCGCAUCUUCCUGGUGUCUCCCAUCACCAUCGUGCACGAGAUCGACUCUGCCAGCCCGCUGUACGAGCUGGGACGGGCCGAGCUGGCCCGGGCCGACUUUGAGCUCGUGGUCAUCCUCGAGGGCAUGGUGGAAGCCACGGCCAUGACCACGCAGUGUCGCUCGUCGUACCUCCCCGGCGAGCUGCUCUGGGGCCACCGUUUUGAGCCGGUCCUCUUCCAGCGUGGCUCCCAGUACGAAGUCGACUAUCGCCACUUCCACCGCACCUACGAGGUCCCGGGGACGCCCGUCUGCAGCGCCAAGGAGCUGGACGAGCGGGCGGAGCAGGCUUCCCACAGCCCCAAGUCCAGCUUCCCUGGCUCCCUGGCUGCGUUUUGUUACGAGAAUGAACUUGCUCUGAGUUGCUGCCAGGAGGAAGAGGAGGAAGAGGAGGCCAAGGAAGGGAGUGAGGCGGAGCAAGAAGCAGGGGCUGCCAGCCCCCGAGUUCUCACCCCGACCCUGGCGCUGACCCUGCCCCCGUGACGCAAGCCAACAUCCCCUUUCCGCUUGUGCCCCCUUUCCACGGGGGAGCAAGAUGGAGAGCUCAGCCUGCAUCGGGGGUGGGGCAGCCGUUUCCCGAGGCCCACAGGCCUGCUGGGUAAACCGUUAGCUUGUGAGCGUCUGCCAUGGCUGGUGGACCGGACCCACCACACACUGUCUGGACCUUAGCCCCUCUGCUUCUGCGCUCCUCCCUGAACCCCUUUAAGAGCCCGAUUCCUGCGUCUCACCAGAGCUGUGGCUCCAGAGCUCUGGAGCACCCAAGAGCCAAGGAAGUGGUGGCUCUAGAUGGUUCUGCCUGGCUGGGUCUGGGCUGUUGAGCAGAGCUAGGGGUCGGUGGUGUAGGGCAGGCUGCGUGCGGAGAAGGAAGCUGGCAGUUCCUGCACAGCAGCGGAUCCGGGGCUGGUGGGUGUGGCUUUGACCUGCGCUGCAAGGGGCUGUUGGUUUCCGACUCAGCCGACUGAGCGGCGAAUCACUUGUUCUAGACCGCCGAAGGCGAGAAGGCUGUGGAAUGCUGCACGUCCGAGACGGAUGCAAAACGAAGAGUGGCGACUGAGCCAAGAAAGAAAAAGAACAAACUGUGGUUUCAGAGAGCCCAAGAGUUGAUUCCUUGAGUCCAGGUUGGCUACCAAGGCAAGCGCUGGCUUGGCCUAGAGAACCGAACUCUAGACACUUUCGCUUUCUAGAAUGCACAACACAAUGACGAGUCUGUGGGUCCAGAGGGACGAAGUGACCGAUGCCCAGGGGCGAGCGAUGCUGCCAGGGCCCCCGCAGGGUGGUUUUCAUUUUUUAAAGUGCCAUUCUAGAACGUCCAAAGGAAUUUGGAUUCUGCAGCUCUGGACUGAUCACGGCGGGGGGUGGGGUGGGGGGGGGCGGGCAGUUCCCGGUUUCUGUGGCUUCCCGGUGGAACUGCGACUCUCGAGGGUUCUAGGUGACUUCCUGUGGUUCUGUCAUGCCAAAAGGAAUGAGGCUCCAGAGAUCCAGGGAUGGCCACCCCCGAGGCCUGGACGCGCUCCCCGCCUCCACGUGGGCUGCUCGGCAGCUCCAGGAGGUGGACUCGGGCUUGCUAAGCACGGUUUCUGAGGGCUCAGGUGAGACCCUGCCGGUCACAGGGCUCCUUAGUGAGCAAGGGAGGGGGAAGGGCUGGGACUGGGGAGUCUAGAAUGCGCUGGAAUCCUGUACCUAGUGACGCGUGUCUAUUUCUUAAAGAUGUUAUACAUAUGUAUAUUAUAUACAUAAUAUAAAUA